AUGAGGAGGUUACAGUUAUUUAAGGGUAACAGAGCUACUAGAUGCCAGGAGGACGGAAGCUGCAGUAGAACUGCGGCGCGCAGAUCUGCACAAACUGUCGGUUUGCUAGACCUGCCCCCAGCGGCCUUAGAGCGUAUUGCGCAGUUUCUGGAUAAGCAGGGCGUUCGAGCACUAGGGAUGGCCAGCAAAGCUUUAUAUGAGGGGGUGUGCCACAAAUUACUGUACAGAAAUGUUACAAUCGAAUCUAAAAAGCAGCUGCUGAAGUUCAAUGCCACCUUGGCCAGCAGCUUACGAGCUCUAUGCGUGGGUGACAGUAUCACGAGGGGUCAAUGGCAUGCAGAUACCGUAUUGUGCAUUGAAUUUGUCAACCCGGAGUCGAACGAUUCCUUGCCAAGUUCUUAUGGAAGCUUCAACCAGGGCACGGCGCAUACAUUAUAUGGUAGUUCCGUUUUCAGUGGAUUCCAGAGAAAAUGCUACGCUCAGCGUCCGUCCCGGAUCAACCUGGAUGGCUUGAGCAAUAAGCAUAUCCUGAGCAUGUUUGGUCACAAUGACCCGGACGCACAUUUUGACUGUCUGGAAUCCGAGUAUGUGCAAUACACCUACCUAGAACUAAUGGUCGCCGCGCUGGACCGUCUUUCAAAGUUGCAGCGGGUAAUACUUAGCGAUAUUGCACCGUCCUUCGUCGUUCCUAUCCGUUUUUCUGUGCUGAACGAUGGCUCCGCAGCAUUCGCCAAGCUUGUGGAGAAUCCCAAACGGUCAAUGACAAGGGAGGACCUCAGGGAUUUCAAGCUAUCAUCUACCUGGUUGAAGGAAUAUAAAAAGAAGUAUCGGAACUUGCCGUCCUAUAGAACCGUGGAGUUGCGUGCUGCUCGUUGUAAAGCUCCAGUGAAUCUGCGGCCCAGUCUGCUUUGCUGCUUCGGGACUUUCCAGGAGCUCAUCUUGUCCAAUUUUGCUCUGUCUAACGAGUCAUUUGAUACACCAUUCGAGUAUCUCCCAAUGCAACUAAUCGAAGGCUCAAAAGGAGUGUGGGAUCUGUCUUCCCCUGCAUCUUCUCUAGUUUUGGAUGCCUGCUAUGUUCUCCCCGGCAGCGGAAUAAUGUCAGGACUUCAUUCAUACUUUGCGCAGGUAAGCCAUCUUGCUUUAUUUGGUAUAAGAAGUUUGUGCGACAUACUGUUGUGCAGGUGUCUUCCAGCCCUUUGUGAGCUUUCAAUAGAUUGCGCCAGCAAGUGCUUCUUAAGUCACGAGCCGGUAGAAAGUGAUUACUACACUGGCGCUGCAUUCGAAUUCAACGCGCAAGACAAUGAGUCCACAGUGGAAACACUGGUAGAACGCAUUGCUCCUUUGACCCUUCUUGCACCUCCACCUACUACAGCAGUAGUAAUUCUACUGAAUCAUGGGAUACUAAACAGAAGUAUGCACUCAUACCCCAGGAAAGCUGGAACUAUAACCACCGAGCAGGAAAAAUACUUUACUUCCUUUGGUAUAUCCAAAUUUUACUACUCUUUCCAUUAUUUUAAAAGUCUGUGGGAUCGAAUAAGUAAUGAGAAUAUCAAUUUAAAACUUAUUAACGUUUCAUUUACAAAUGUUUGCCCGCUCGAACCACAGGAGUUCUGGCAACGGUUUAGGAAUUAUCAGAAUGACGACCAGGCAACGAUCUCUGGCAUCAUCUCGAUACAUAGUCCUGCGUUUGCUUCCAUUACACGUAAUACCUGGGAUUCAGAUUUCAUCGAGCAUUAUUUAUCCUAUUUCAAUGCAAAUGAAGAAAUAGAUAUCACAUCAUCACCUGCUUCGUAUCAGGAUAAUGGGGACACUGCUAUUGUGGACCCUUCUAUGCUUAAUAAUUACCAUGACCUCAAAAUGUUUAAAGAUAUACCUGAUGCUAAUUUCUGGUUUUUCUUAAACAUAGUUUCUGGUUUUAAAUCUGUUGAUUUCCACGUUUGUGAUGUCAAUGUUUUGUUUGGAUCUUUUGAUUGGGAGCGAAUGCUUGGUCCUAUCUUAUUGGGACGUAAGCCAUUGAAAAUUAAGGAUUGUAGGGGUAACAUACGAUUCUCGUAUGACCCAUGCGGAUGA